AUGGUCCGCGUAUUGCUCAGCGGGGCAGCUGGCUGUGGGAAGAAUACAAUUGCCAUGAUGUUGUUGGAUAAAUUUAAGUAUUUUGGAUACUUCUCUGCCGGAGACAUAAUAAGAGACCACAUCCAAAGAGGCACAGAAUUUGGACGGCGAGUUGCAUCGUUUGUGCACAAUGGCGAACUUAUACCAGACAGUAUAGUAGAUCCUUUUCUCCUUGGAGAGGUACGACGUGCCGGAAGCAAAUUGAUCUUAAAUGGUUUUCCACGUUCGAUGUGUCAAGUGACGCUGCUCGAGAAAGUUGCACCCUUAGAUUUGGUCGUAGAGUUGAAGGUACCAAAAGAGAUCUUAAUCGAACGACUCUCCAAGCGGCUUGUUCAUCCCGGCUCAGGGCGAACUUACAACCUGGAUUAUAAUCCUCCGAAAGUUGAGGGAAAAGACGAUAUAACGGGCGAACCAUUAAUUAAAAGAGAUGAUGAUGCUAUUGAAACCGUUCGACAUAGGCUGGAGCUGCAUGAACAGACCGAAAAUCGAGUAUUCGAUUACUAUAGGACUCGCGGAGUUGGUGUCGAAGUGUGCGGUGAGACAUCGUCGGCGUUGUUCCAAGCAGUCUCGAGGAUAAUUGACGACCUCCUCAAGAAACGAUCGUCUGGAUGA